AUGAGGUCCUCAAAAGAGAGUCUAGAAGCAGAAAAAAGAAAGGAAUCUGACAAACCAGGAGUUCGUCUGAGCAAUCAGAUGAGGCGUGCAGUCAAUCCGAAUCACUCGCUGAGAUGUUGCCCCUUCCGGGGUCACUCGUCGUGUAGACGCUGCCUUUGUGCAGCUGAGGGAACAGCCCUUGGCCCCUGCCGCACAAUACGUAUUUAUAUUCACAUGUGCCUGUUGUGGGAGCAGGGCCAGCAGAUCACCAUGAUGAGGGUGAGCAGAGAUCGCACUACUGAUUCUGGAGGGGAACCACAGACAAUCUGGGGAUCACAAGAAUCAUCACUGCGCAAGACAGACUCUCGAGGGUACCUUGUGCGCAGUCAAUGGUCUAGAACAUCCGGCAGCCCAUCCACCAAGGCUCCAUCCAUAGAUGAGCCUAGAAGCAGGAACACCAGUGCUAAGCUCCCCAGCAGCUCCACGAGCUCCCGGACUCCAUCCACCUCCCCAAGCCUUCAUGACUCCUCACCGCCGGCACUGUCCGGGCAGCCCUCGCUCCAGCCGCCCACGUCGCCCCAGCCACCCCGGUCGCAGGACUCACGGCCUCCCACGCCCCCAGAGCCCGAUCCUGGCUCCCGGCGCAACACCAAAAUGCAAGACAAUCCGGAGGCCUGGGCCCAAGGCAUCGUGCGGGAAAUCCGCCAGAGCCGGGACUCGCAGUCGCGGGAAUAUUCGCGCACAUCCUCCACCGAAUGGAAGUCCUCCAGCCAACGCAGGGGGAUCUACCCCGCCUCCAACCAACUGGACCGCGACUGUCUGCCUGAGCAGCAGCAGCAGCAGCGGGAGGAUGAGGACGACUAUGAGGCUGCCUACUGGGCAUCCAUGAGGUCGUUCUAUGAGAAGAACCCGAGCUCCUCGCGUCCCAGGCCGCCCAAACCCAAGAACGCCAUCACCAUUGCUCUCUCAUCCUGUGCGCUCUUCAACAUGGUGGACGGCAGGAAAAUCUACGAGGAAGAGGGUCUGGAAAAGUACAUGGAGUAUCAGCUCACCAAUGAGAAUGUCAUCCUGACCCCGGGUCCGGCGUUCCGCUUCGUCAAGGCACUACAAUAUGUCAAUGCUAGACUCCGUGAUCUAUAUCCUGAUGAACAGGACUUAUUUGAUAUUGUACUGAUGACUAAUAACCAUGCCCAAGUGGGAGUGCGGCUUAUAAACAGCGUCAAUCACUAUGGCUUACUGAUUGACCGCUUCUGUCUGACCGGCGGAAAAAACCCAAUUGGCUAUUUGAAGGCAUAUCUUACCAACUUGUAUAUUGCUGCAGAUUCUGAAAAAGUGCAAGAGGCAAUACAAGAAGGUAUUGCCUCUGCCACAAUGUUUGAUGGAGCCAAAGACAUGGCUUACUGUGACACCCAGCUCCGUGUAGCCUUUGAUGGGGAUGCUAUCCUCUUCUCUGAUGAGUCUGAACAUUUUACCAAGGAGCAUGGGCUGGACAAAUUCUUCCAGUAUGAUACAUUAUGUGAAAGUAAGCCUCUUGCUCAGGGUCCCCUGAAAGGCUUUCUGGAAGAUUUAGGCAGACUGCAAAAGAAGUUCUAUGCCAAAAAUGAACGGUUACUUUGUCCUAUCAGGACCUACCUGGUUACAGCUAGGAGUGCAGCCAGUUCAGGCGCCCGUGUGCUGAAGACCCUUCGACGCUGGGGUCUAGAGAUAGACGAAGCUCUUUUCCUUGCUGGAGCCCCAAAAAGUCCCAUCUUGGUGAAGAUCCGGCCCCAUAUCUUCUUUGAUGACCACAUGUUCCACAUUGAAGGGGCACAGAAGUUAGGUUCCAUGGCAGCUUAUGGCUUUAAUAAAAAAUUCAGUAGUUAGGGGCAGGGAGGAGAAAUAAAGUGGUAAUAGUCUGGUAUUACAGAAGCCACUUCUUUUGACUCUCUAGGAUUAUUAGAUAGGUAUUUCAG